GAAAAGGGUAUAAUCUUUCUUAAGAUAGUUUUUUUACUCAUUAAUGUCUCAAAAUUUGGUCGGCGACUACGUUCUCAUUAGUCAUAACAAAGCUACGUCGACUGAUCGGACCCAUCCUCGAGUUUUAACACUGAAAGCAGGGUAUAAGCCCGAUUUGCUCCAUGUUCAUGCUAAAGUGUGCAACAUUAUGAAUGGUGGGGUUAUGUUCGAUGCACAGACUGGUGAGCUCAAGGGUCAGCUUUCGUCGACACGCAUGUUAGGGAACCGCUUUGACAUGAUGGUAGAAAGAGCCUUGUCUAAGGGAUUUAGCAACGGCAUGAUGGCAAGUCGAGAUGGAGACACCUUAAUACUCAAAACGUCUGAGGACGAGCUAGUUUUUAAGGUUCAAACUUGUUGAAUGAAAAGAUGUUCAAACAAUGUAUGAAUUAGCUAGUUGAUGCGACUAUUCGAUGCAGUAUUUUUACUUAAAUGCAAUGCUAUCGGUAUAUUUUGACAAUCAUUUGUUUUUCCAUGGUGCUUUUAUUAUCUAGAAUACUUUUUAAUGUUAUCAAUUUCACGUUAUAUCAAGAGUUUUAUACACAAUAUUUAUGAGGGAAGAAGUCUAAUUAUAUCACAAUAUGAACAUCUAUAAUUCGCAUACUGCAAUAUCUUGAAUCAUUCAAAA